AACUCUUUCUCUCUCUUCUGUUAAACCCUAGAUCUCACUCCGGUGAACCUCGUUACACGCUUUCCGAUCCGGAUCCGUGUUUUCACCGUUUGAUUUUCAAAUUUCUUGAUUACAAACCCUAGUUUCUCGAUUUUCCACAUGAAAAUAUGUUUUGUCUUUCGUUUUUUCAUUAAGUAGCUGUUUUUUUGUUUUUCUUGUUUAGUUUUUUUCAGUUUAAUCAUUUUAUGUUAGUGGAUCUGUGUUUAUUUUAUGAUCUGGUCGUUUAGAUCUAUUCGUGAAUGUGUUUUUUUUUUUUAAUUAAAAAUUAUAUAAAAAUUUAUCAGUUUGUUCAGUGGUACUUCAUUGAUGAUCUUGUACUUCAGUUUUGAUUUCCACCAUUGUUUAUGUGAGCUCUGUGGAUAGUACUUGAUUGAGAAUCUGCUUUGGAUCCUUCCAGUGUUGAGUUCUGUACUGUUGAGUGUUGAUAUUAUUAUUGCAUUAAAAAUUUAUUAUUUAUAGUUUGGGCCGAUCCGAUUUAUAUAUGGGCCCGUGUAUUCUUUGGGUUCAGUGACACUACUACAUAGUGGUCAUUCGAUGACCCGAUAGACCCGGCUGAUAUAUGGGCCCAUGUAUUCUUUAAGUGCAUGCACGAUUUUGAAAUAUGUACUAGUUUAUUUUGUGUCUUAACUCUAACUCUUGUCUAUAGUAAAACGAUGAUGCUUAUUUUCAUUAUGAAUGAUGCAAUAUGUAAUGUCUUUGUUCAUUUUUUUUGUCCAGAUUGGGUUAAUAACACAUUAUAUGUUUCUUUUCUGUGUAGUGUAGGAAGACACAUAUUGAAAUAAGAUGGUUAUGGUUGAAGAAGACAGAGUGGUUGUGACCCCUGAUGUGAAAAAUCCGCCAGACAAAGAGCUUUCGGAUUCCAAAGCAGAACCCGAUGAAGGUCUUCCUACAUCUGAAUUAGAAGUUUCUAGUGGUGAUGCAAAUGGAGGGACAUACAAUCAUGAGUUGGACAACACCAUAGAAACUUCUAACUACAAGCCAGAUAAUUCUGAAUCACUUCCCAACGAAGACCAGUCAGGCAAUGCUGAUUCCCCAGACAACAAUCAGCAAUUUGAUUCGGAGGCAACACUCAACAAUCCAUCAGUCGAGUCUGAAACACCCUCUGAUGAUCAGCCUGUUAGUUCUGAGGCUACUCCUGACCAGAAUUUUGCUUCUGAAGCACCACCAAGCAACCUGCCCACUGAUUCCGAGGUGCUUCCAAAUAAUGGUGUGGUUACUUCUGACUUACAAGCUAGUAAUGGUGAGGUUGUAGUGUCUGAAACGCAGCACAGCAGUGAGUUGGCUUUACCCGAAACACAGCAAAACAAUGAAAUGGUUACAUUUGAAACGCAGCAAAGCAAUGAGGUGGUCAUGUCCGAGGCACAUCCUAGCAACGAGACCGCCAUACAUGAAGCACAUACCAGCAAUGAUGUGGUCAUGACUGAAGCCAUGAGUGAACAUGAGUUGACCGCUUCCACAAUUGAUCCCAAUAACCAGCUUUCUCAUCCUGAAACUCACGACUCACAUAAUCAUCAUUUUGAGCCUUUCCAUUUGAUUCCUGAACCUGAAUCUCUAGAAACCAAUUGUGAUCCACCGCCUUGUUCCGAACCAUUUGAAGACAGCCACAUCAGAGACAUUAAACCCAUUCAUCAUGAUCAUCUUUCUCAGUAUGAUACAGUUCCCAACAAUCAUCUGGACCACUCUGAGGCACUGUGCAACCAUCAGCUAACCGAUUCUGACCCUGGACAGCUAGCUAAUUCUCAAAUGUUGCAUCACUAUGAGCUGGAAAAUCAUGAAAAUCAGCUAGUCAACACUCAAGAGCACUAUGGAAUUGUCAAUGCUAACAACAUACCCAGCUAUGAGAUAGUUAAUGCCGACACUCCACUGAACUUUGAGGGACCUACCCCAGAAACUCAGCCAAACAAAAGGAGAAAAAAGAAGUCUAUGGUCUGGGAACACUUUACCAUUGAAAAUGUUGAUCCUGGAUGUAGAAGAGCAUAUUGCAAGCAAUGCAAGCAAAGUUUUGCCUAUAGUACUGGUUCAAAGGUUGCUGGUACCAGUCACCUUAAGCGCCACAUUUCCAGCGGGAAAUGUGCAGCUCUUCUGCGUGGUCAAGAUCUGGCCACAUAUACUCCAAGAGCAAGGGGAACUGGUGCUGCUGGUGCUAGCACUACACCUAAGCGACGUUAUAGGUCUGGAGGUUCUCCGUACAUAAUUUUUGAUCAAGAUCGCUGCCGCCAUGAGAUUGCUAGGAUGAUCAUUAUGCAUGAUUACCCGCUUCACAUGGUUGAGCACCCAGGAUUUGUUGCCUUUGUGCAAAAUCUGCAACCCCAGUUCAAUAUGGUCACCUUUAACACUGUCCAAGGAGACUGUGUUGCAACUUUCCUGGGUGAAAAACAAAACCUUCAGAAAUAUUUUGAGGGAUUACCAGGACGUUUCUGUCUGACACUGGACAUGUGGACCUCGAGUCAAUCUGUAGGGUAUGUAUUUAUAACUGGACAUUUUGUCGAUAGUGAUUGGAAAUUACAGAAGAGAAUUCUCAAUGUUGUGAUGGAACCAUACCCUGAUUCCGAGUCUGCUAUUAACCAUGCUGUUUCUGCAUGCCUUUCUGAUUGGAAUUUAGACGGCAGGUUGUUUUCUAUUACUUGUAAUCAUGCACUGAGUGAGGUUGCUCUUGGAAAUCUCAGAUCACUACUCUCUGCAAAAAAUCCACUUAUCCUCAAUGGUCAGUUGCUGGUUGGAAGUUGUAUUGCCAGAACUUUAAGCAGCAUCGCAAAUGAUUUGCUGAGAUCCAUACAAGACGUAGUGAAAAAAAUCCGGGAUAGUGUAAAAUAUGUGAAGACUUCAGACUUGCACGAGGAAAAAUUCGUGGAGCUCAAACAGCAACUUCAGGUCCCAAGUGAAAGGAGCCUUUUUAUUGAUGACCAAACCCGAUGGAAUACAACAUACCAAAUGCUGGUGGCAGCUUCUGAGCUAAAGGAAGUGUUUUCUUGUUUGGACACUUCCGAUCCUGAUUACAAGGGAGCCCCGUCUAUGCAAGAUUGGAAGCUAGUUGAGACACUCUGCACUUAUUUGAAGCCUCUUUACGAUGCAGCGAACAUCCUUACCACUGCAACUCAUCCCACUGCCAUUACCUUCUUUCAUGAAGUUUGGAAAUUGCAGGGGGAUCUUGCUCGUGCUGUUGAAAAUGAGGAGGAUCCGUUCAUUAGCCAGCUUAUUAAGCCCAUGCAAGAAAAGAUUGACAAGUACUGGAGAGAAUGUUGUCUGGUUCUGGCAAUUGCAGUAGUUAUGGAUCCUCGUUUCAAGAUGAAGCUUGUUGAGUUCAGCUUCCCAAGAGUCUUUGGUGAUGAUUCUCGUGAAUAUGUUAAGAUUGUUGAUGAUGGAGUUCAUGAGCUAUUUAAUGAGUAUGUGGCCCUUCCCCUCCCACUGACCCCGGCUUAUGCAGAAGGAAAUGUGAAGACUGGAGGACCCCCUGGAGGAACUCUGUUAUCAGACAAUGGAUUAACAGAUUUUGAUGCCUACAUCAUGGAAACUAGUAGCCAACAGACGAAGUCUGAAUUGGACCAGUACCUGGAAGAAUCACUGUUGCCAAGGGUACCAGAGUUUGACGUAUUGAGUUGGUGGAAGCUAAACAAACUAAAAUACCCAACUCUUUCGAAAAUGGCCCGGGAUAUAUUGUCUGUUCCAGUUUCCAGUGUUCCUGCUGACUCUAUAUUUGACGAUAAAAACAAAGAGAUGGACCAGUAUAGAAGUUCCUUGCGACCAGAGGUAGUGGAGGCUCUUGUAUGUGCCAAAGAUUGGAUGCAUUAUGGAGCAGCUGAUGCCUCAAAUCCACUUGUGAAAAUUCAAUUCUAGAUUUAAUUUGUUUUGGUUCAGGGAUCCAUUUGGAGGAAGGUAGGAUUGGAUGGAAAAGGGUUGUAGAAUGCUUUGCAAUGUUUGAACCUGAGUGGUGGCUGUACACUAUGAUGCUAGUUUAUGUUAUUUUACUUAUAUACUAUUUCCUAGUUCUCUGUUAGGAUUCUUAUUGACAUUUAAAUGGAUAUUCAGAUAUUCAGAUUUGGAUGAUUGGACUUAA